UUUAUAAUAACCUCCCUUCACUCCAUCUCCAUACAUAUAUCAUAUCGUCUUCCAAAAACAAACCCAACUGCAAUUUAUGCCUCCCCAUUAAUGCUCCUUCUUCCUCUUCCCUAAUUUCUUAUAAAAUUCACUUUUUCCAACUAAAUCCCUCCCAUCGCUCCUUUUUCUUCUUUUCCCUUCUUCUAUUAUUCCUCGUCUCGGAGAUGGACACGGCGGCGGCGGCGGCGGCGGCGCUGCUCUCUGCCCUGCUCGCCUACUUCUUUUGGUUCCUCAAUGUAAAGAGGUCCUUGACCGGGCCACGUGUCUGGCCGCUACUGGGCAGUCUCCCGGGUCUCUUCAAGAACGGUCACCGAAUGCAUGACUGGAUCGCGGACAAUCUCCGCUCGGCGGGCGGCACGUACCAGACUUGCACGUGCGCCGUCCCCUUCUUAGCCAGGAAGCUUUGUCACGUGACCGUCACGUGCGACCCGAAGAACUUGGAGCAUGUUCUCAAGACCCGGUUCGAGAAUUACCCCAAAGGCCCCAAUUGGCAGGCCGUGUUCCACGAUCUGCUCGGUGACGGAAUCUUCAACUCCGAUGGCGACACGUGGCUCUUCCAGCGUAAGACUGCCGCGCUGGAAUUCACCACCAGGACUCUCCGCCAAGCCAUGGCUCGUUGGGUCAGCCGAGCCAUCGAGUCCCGGUUUUGCCCGAUUCUCGAUUCGGCCCAGCGUCGAGCUGAGUCGGUCGAUCUCCAAGACCUCUUGCUUCGGCUUACGUUCGACAACAUUUGCGGGUUGACAUUCGGUAAGGACCCGCAAACUCUGGCUCCUGAAUUGCCCGACAAUGACUUUGCUCGGGCGUUCGAUCGAGCCACCGAAGCCACGUUGUCCCGGUUUAUUUUGCCCAAAUUUAUAUGGAAGAUGAAGAAAUGGCUCCGGCUCGGGAUGGAGGUGACAUUGAGCCACAGCCUCCAGCACACGGAUCAAUACUUAACCAACAUCAUCAAGACACGUAAGCUCGAACUAUCCAGUCAGCACCAAGAUGGAAGUGGGACCCCACACGCACACGACGACUUGCUGUCGAGAUUCAUGAAGAAGAAGGAAUCCUACUCAGACGCGUUCCUCCAACACGUGGCACUCAACUUCAUCCUAGCUGGACGGGACACGUCAUCCGUGGCGCUGAGCUGGUUCUUCUACCUGGUCACCCAAAACCCAAGAGUUGAAGAGAAAAUUCUCGCCGAAAUCUGCACCGUCCUGAUGGAGACACGUGGCAGCAAGAUAUCCACGUGGGUCAACGAGCCACUGGGAUUUGAAGAAAUCGACCGAUUAAUUUACCUGAAAGCCGCCCUGUCGGAAACCCUCCGGCUGUACCCGUCGGUGCCGGAAGAUUCCAAACACGUGGUAAACGACGACGUUUUGCCCACCGGAGCUUUCGUUCCGGCGGGUUCAUCGAUUACAUAUUCUAUAUACUCCAUCGGGCGGAUGAAAUUCAUUUGGGGAGAAGAUUGCUUAGAAUUCAAGCCGGAGAGAUGGUUGGAUUCGAAUGGCAAAAAAUUCGAGCUUCAAGAUGCUUAUAAAUUUGCCGCCUUUAACGCUGGCCCGAGGAUAUGUUUGGGAAAAGAUUUGGCUUACUUGCAAAUGAAGUCCAUUGCGGCGGCGGUGUUGCUCCGGCACCGGCUGACGGUAGCGGCCGGCCACCGUGUGGAGCAGAAGAUGUCGUUGACGUUGUUCAUGAAAUAUGGACUCAAGGUUUAUUUGCAUCCGAGAGAAUUGAGCCAUGUAGUGGAGAAGAUCAGCAAGACGGCGGCGGAGACGGCGGCAGUGUCGGUGGCAGCAGCUUGAGGUUGCUGCAGGCGGCGGAAUAUGGCCGUCUAGUAAUUACAGUAUUGUUAUUGUUAAAUUUGUUUGUAGAAAUUGUAAGUUUUUUGUUAAUUGUAUUUAAUCAUAGUUAAAAGUUGCUGUAAAAUUGAAGAAAAGAAUCUCACAAAGUGAGGAUUCUUUUAAAAGA